GUGAUGUGUUAAAAUCUCACAUUUUGAACUAGGCUAAACAGUCCUCUCACGUGGCACGCAGCCCUCUUGCCUUCAGUGUGGAACCCACACCAUUUAUAGCCUCGCAGUAACCUACAAUCUUAUUAUGAGAUUUAACUUUGCCCCAACUGGACUUGUGGAUGAGCAGUGCUCUAGUCCCGCUCCUCAGCUCAACUAAUAAUUGACUGGAAAUAGUUAUAAGGCGCUGUCCGCUCGCGUUAUGACAGACGAAACAACUCUGCCAUGUCUCUGUCUGUGCGGAAUACAUAAAGGCUCUGCCUUGAAUUAAUCACUCGCUCUUUAAUGGAUCUUUGAGGAUCGCGCUUGACGCAGUGAGGAGCUGCAGCUCUUUGUAUUCCGAGGCCAAGAGGAACCUUGUGUGUGUGUUUUUUUUUAUUUGCCCCCCGUCCGAUCUCUACUGCCUCUUAGAAAAUGUCAAGGGGGUACAUGGUGACAUAGGGACCCCGGUUUGGUUACGGAGAGACUCUCGCUUCGCUCUGCGAAAAAGGGACAGGCCAGCUACUGAUGGUGGAUCUCAGACAUGCAUGUGAUCACUAGACAGUUUAACCGGGGGUGUACCUCUGGGCCCAUAAAUGAGACAAAAAUGGUGGAAGAGAAGAAAAGACAAAAGGAUGAAAGCCAUCAACAAUGCUCUACCCUGGGGAAAUAAGCACAGGCCUUUUUGAAUUGGUGAAACACUAAGACCCAGCUCUAGCACUCAACUAGUGUGAAAACUUCUCCAUUGGAGAUUUAACCUGUAAAUGCAUAAGCUAUGGUCAGCGAGUUUAAAAAGGGGCUGACAUAUUAAUGCAGAAACACCCAACUCAUGUGAAAUAAUUCUCUGGACCAGAGACUGGACAUUUUUGUCCCUUAACUAAAGGGAAAGGGUUUAUUACCCUGCUCAAAUACUGUGAGGCUCCAUCCAGCCUAGUUUAAACUCAAGUGUUACCCCAAGCUGCUACCAACUGGCAUUGCUCAUGGCUUCCAGGAGGGCAUCAGGAGCUUGUAAUGGAGGCAUGGUGAAGAGUGCCUUCUUCUUGUCAGUGGCCAUAAUCUAUCUGACUCACAUAGGUGGAGUGAGGGGGGAUUGCUGGCUCAUAGAAGGCGAAAAGGGCUUUGUAUGGCUGGCCAUUUGCAGCCAAAACCAGCCACCCUAUGAGGCCAUCCCUCAGCAUAUCAACAGCACCAUAGUGGACCUUCGUUUGAAUGAGAACAAGAUCAAGAGCAUCCACUACUCUGCCCUCAGCCGCUUUACCAACCUCACAUACCUGAAUCUGACCAAGAAUGAGAUUAAUUACAUUGAGGACGGGGCUUUUUCAGCCCAGUUCAAUUUGCAGGUUCUCCAGUUGGGCUUCAAUAAGUUGCGUAACUUGACUGAAGGGAUUCUCAGGGGUUUGGGCAAGCUGCAGUACCUCUACCUCCAGGCCAACCUGAUUGAGACUGUGACACCCAAUGCCUUUUGGGAGUGCCCAAACAUAGAAAACAUUGACCUUUCCAUGAACCGCAUCCAGGUGCUAGAUGGGUCCACCUUUACCAGCCUGACUAAGCUGACCACCUGUGAACUCUACACCAACCCUUUCAACUGCUCUUGUGAGCUCUUGGGGUUCGUUAAGUGGCUCUCGGUCUUUCCCAACAGGACAAGUGAACGGAUGGUGUGUGAUUCUCCUGCAGGAGUCUCGGGCUACAGUCUCUUAAGCCAGAAUCCGAACAAUCCCACAUACCGGAAUGCUCUGCAUAUGCUGUCCACUGUGUGCACGGAGGACUACGUGACUCCGUACAUCCCUGUGCCUCCCGAGACCACCACUUUCCCUCCAGACUCAACACCGUGUGGGCUGGAAGACUGUCCUUCAGGGACUGAGCCGGAGGAAAUCAGCAUCAGUCCUACGUACAUAGACUUAGAUGUGAAACCAAUCAUGAAACUCAAGCAAGUGUCUCACACGAAUGCAGUAAUCACUGUUCAGAUCCCUUACCCCUACAAGAAGAUGUACAUCCUUGUCCUGUAUAACAACAGCUUCUUCACUGACAUACAGAAUCUGAAGCGGCAGAAGGAGGACAUUGAACUGAAAAACCUGAAACCCCACACUGAUUAUACCUACUGUGUGGCUUCCAUAAGAAACUCAUUGCGUUUCAAUCAUACUUGUCUGACACUAUCCACUGGGCCUAGGAAUGGAAAAGAGCGAGUAGCUAGUAAUGCAACAGCCACUCACUACAUAAUGACUAUCUUAGGAUGUCUUUUUAGUAUGGUAAUUGUUUUAGGGAUUGUGUAUUAUUGCUUGCGAAAAAAGAGACAACAAGAUGAAAAGCACAAGAAGGCAGGUAGUUUAAAGAAGAACAUAAUUGAGCUUAAAUAUGGUGGUGAACUGGAGGGCGGAACAAUAUCCAGGAUGUCUCAAAAGCAAAUGAUGUCGGGGGACAGCAUGACACGCAUGCCCUAUCUACCCUCUGGCAGUGAAAUGGAGCAAUACAAACUGCAAGACAUCAGCGAAACUCCGAAAAUGGCCAAAGGGAAUUACAUGGAAGUGCGAACAGGGGAGCACCAAGAUCGAAGGGAAUGUGAGAUGUCCAUGCCUGGCAACAGCCAAGGCUCGGUUGCCGAAAUCUCCACAAUCGCAAAGGAGGUGGACAAGGUCAACCAGAUCAUCAACAAUUGCAUUGAUGCUCUGAAAUCAGAGUCCACCUCCUUCCAAGGGGUGAAAUCUGGUGCUGUGUCGACAGCUGAACCUCAGUUGGUACUGAUCUCAGAGCAGCCUCAGAGCAAGUCUGGCUUCCUUUCACCUGUCUACAAGGACAGCUACCACCACUCUUUACAAAGACAUCACGCGUCAGAUGCCUCUCCGAAGCGUCCGAGUACAGCAACAGGUGGUCCAAUGCGGAGCCCGAGGCCUUACCGUUCAGAGGGCUCGUACAAGUCGGAGUCGAAGUACAUAGAGAAGACUUCACCCACAGGGGAGACUAUCCUGACCAUCACACCCGCAGCUGCAAUACUAAGGGCAGAGGCAGAGAAGAUCCGUCAGUAUAGCGAGCAUCGGCACUCCUACCCCGACGCCCACCAAAUUGAGGAGCUGGAAGGACCGGACAGCCGGAAAACCUCCAUCUUGGAGCCCCUUACACGGCCUCGGGCUAGAGACUUGGCUUACUCGCAGCUCUCUCCCCAGUACCACAAUCUUAGUUACUCGUCUAGUCCUGAGUACUACUGCAAACCGUCGCACAGCAUCUGGGAGCGCUUUAAACUCCAUCGCAAGCGACACAAAGAUGAGGAGUACAUGGCUGCGGGCCACGCUCUGAGGAAAAAAGUGCAGUUUGCUAAGGAUGAAGACCUGCAUGACAUUCUAGAUUACUGGAAGGGAGUGUCGGCCCAACAUAAAUCUUAAUUUACUCAAGUGUUUGUCUGUGUCUUUUUCAUUUUCGAUGGACCGCAAAGAACAGGACCAGAAUGAAUCCUUAAUCUUGUGAAAUCACAUUCUAAUGGAUAAAUAUUACACUUAAGUGAAUUUCAACUUAGGGAAAGAGGUUUGUGUACCAAAAUUAAAAGAUGUUACUUAAAGCAACAAGAGGAGAAUAUAUUGCAAAUAUAAAAUAUAUAUAUGUUGAAAUGGAUUUUUAGUAUUUGAUUACCGCAUGGCCAAGUCCUGUGACAGUGGAUUUGCUGUUGUGUACUGUGAGACUAAAAAGAAUCCAACAGUGACAGACAUCUUCUGAAAUCUUAGUAUUUCUUCUGCAGGACCACUGUAAUUUAUGGACCUUUUUUUCUCCCAAUAUUUGAGUUUGUUCUAAAUACAAAUGAACUAUGUACAGAUACUGUUUCUAUAUUUGCAACGUUUGCUGUUAAAAAUGGAGAGAAAAAAAAUCUAUGAUGUGUAUGAUUCAGGUUUAGACCAUGGAUUUCGGAGUUAGCUCCUGUGAUAUUAUCUGUCCUUAAAUGAAUGUUUACCGUCCUGAUGGAUAAACAUUGCACUGGUCAAUGAAAUGGCAUAUUUUCCACUAGUUUACGCUAUACCCUGCUUUGCCAAUUUUCAUUUAAUCCAUGCCACUGAUCAGACUGCACAAUAUUACACAAAGGCUGAUUAUGUUACAUUUGUGUAUCAUAACCACAAAGUGAAUCAGUUUGGUUGGGAUGGUGUAGAUGAAACAUCUGCAUACAAGACUGCAGUGUCAAAGUGGAAGAAAAUGAAAAGCAAUGGAAAAGUAGAUCAUUUUGAUACACUUUCAGUAGUUAUGUUUGGUUUGUUUACCAGUAAAUCGCUCCACAAUACAUGCACUUCUGCUUUUUACCUUACGAUGCCUAAUAGUAGUGAGGGGUUAUCUGAUCAUGAACCAAAGUGCUUGGGUGGCAGCUCAUCACACAUUUUUCUGCAGAUGUUUCCACCAAUCUCGAGCCAACAGCCCUAUGGAUGAAUGUAUUACAUACGGUACAUAUAGCAGCCUUUUCAGCUGUAAUUUCUUUGCAAUUUUGUUGUGUUUUUUUUUACAACCACAUAAGCCCCAUUUUUCAUGCUGUAUGCUGAGUUUUGAUAUUCAUACUUCCUUUCAGUUUCAUGCAUUUGUCAUUUCUGUCAAAAAUAUUUAAUCAAUCAGAAAAAAAAAAAAAAUGUUUAUAAACCUAAGGGUAUUGUUUUAGGCUUUCUUACUGUUUGGCGGGUAAAAAUGCUUUUGUAAAUGUCGAAUGCCACUGCACGGACCCUGUGAUGAUCAGCGCUGAUCCGGAAGGUGAGACGUGUGAGAAAGACUCAAUUACCUAGCUGAACUGUUGCCACUGGAGUUGUACAUCAGCUAUUUAGAGAAGUACAGGAAGUAACUGGGUUGUCCAAUUUCUUUCUUUUUUAUUUCAACCGCCUUAAACUUCUGGAAAUAUCUGUAUAACUGUAUUUUUUCUUUUUCUUUAAGUGUUGAUGUUUUUGAAAAGUCUUCAUCUGUUGUCAUUUUUUUUAAAAAUACAAUACAUUUCAGUAGAUUUCAAGAGCUGUCAGGUUUAUAGGUAAUCUAGCAAGUAACCUACAUGUUUUUAUAUUGCAUAGUGUAGCACUCCUGUAUCUCAUUCAACUUAGAAAUGUGGGGAAAUCUGUGAACGGAGAGCAUCAGAUACAAACAAGAGCACAAUGAGUGUUAUUUUGUAUUUCUUAAAAAUAUGUUACCUGCUUUCAGACAAAGUACUGUGAAAUAAAGGAAAGGGUGCACCCAUACUGUCA